GUUGUAUGGUGGCGGUUUUAAAUAAGACCGAAGCAUCCAGCAAAGCUACACGCAGAUCAGACCGAAAAAUGGAGAACGCGACUCUUCUCAGAGAAUGGUUCGCGCGAGUUGACUCAGAGAAAACCGGAAGCAUCACUGCCCCUCAGCUCAAGAAUGCUCUCGCCGUUGGAAACCUCGAAUUCCCUCUCUCAAUUGUUCAGCAGAUGAUCAGGAUGUAUGAUUUUGAUAGAAACGGAACUAUGAGCUUUGAAGUUUAUAUUUCUCAGAGUUUGUUGCGCUCAACAAGUUCCUACUAAAGGUGAGAACUUUUAUCACUCAACUACAUUUUAUUAAUGUUCAUUGAAGCCCUUUUUUUUCUUGAGGAUUGAUGCCUGUAUUCCUACAACUUACAUGUAUCUUUCUUGGGAUUUUCCGUCUUCUUUGUUAUGGUUGCUUUAUGUGAAUAUAUAAAUGUGUUUGGUCUCUUGCUACUUGGUGAACCCACAUUAUUGCUACCUAUAGUGUAAUUUCUAGGGGUUUUAUUCGAUUUGUUUGGGAAGAGAGAGGAACCAAAUUCUGGAAGGAAGUAAUUGACGUAAUUGGCAGAGAACAUCUAUGGAACCGGUAAGUCUAGAGAGAAUUGGAACCGGUAAAAUGUGAAAUAUUGUAUCACCUCACCAAUGGAACGUGGGGACCUGGGACAUCAAUUCAUUAGCACGAUCCAAGGAGGAGAAGCUGUCUCUCUUUGACUUUCCCUUGUACAUCAGGAAAACCGGUGGACUUUUGGUGGAGCAUGAAUGUCUCUGACCCUCUUCUCAUAGAAACCGACUGCCGAGACUUGAUCAUUUCUUUAACAUCUUUUAGGUGGUGCCUGCCACGAGCCAAACUUUUGCUUCUUGUAUCUCAUAUAUUCUCUUCUGGUAAUCAUAGUGAAGACGCCCACCAGAUUCCCACCAGCCUGCCAAAAUAGAAUCUGAUCAAUCCUGGUUAAGAGAAUCUUCAAAAUGUUCAUCACAAAUAUCGUUUGGUGUAAAGAACAAGAUGAAUACAAGUGUUCGUCACAUUUUUGUUUUGUUUGACA